CAACCAAUUUGGGACACCCUGUAAAUAAUGUAUUUAUACGAUGUAUGUAUGUAAGAAUUUAUUUUAUUGUUAUCUUAUAUUUAAAAUAGCUCAAAACCAAAAGCCAAAAUGCAAAUUUACUUAAAAUUUAGCAAAUCUUAAGACAAAUGUCAUUCACAUGUAAUAGGAUUUAUGCUAGUCAUUUUUUUUGGUUUACAAUCAGUUAAUUUGGCAUGAAUGAACCGUUAGUCUUUUAUUUUUGGACUUAAGUAACAAAGUCAAAAUGGAUCGCGAAAUCAAGGAAAAAAGAAAAAGGAAUCAUAGAGACAGGGCUAAUUUUUUAUCCAAGUACACAUUCGCAUUUACUUUAGGCCUUUUCAAGAAAGCCUUAAAAAAAGAUUUAGAUGACGUAAAUUUAUACGAGGUAGCAGAAAGUUGCGAAGCAAAUAAAUUAGGUGACAGACUCGAAGAAGAAUGGAUUAAACAGCGCAAACACAACAAAAACGCAUCUAUUUAUAAUCUGCUAUGGGCAAGGUUUGGUGUACAAUACCUUUUGUUGGGACUGCCCUAUUUUGCUUUCACAAUGUUUCACAGUAUUAUGGAACCUGAAGCCAUGUCGGCAUUCAUUUCAUACUUCUCCAGCUCAACUGAAAACCAAACGACAAAAUCCGAAGCAAUAAAAACGUCUUUUUGUUCGUUGAUAUACCGGAAAGCACUUAAAUUGAGUCCGGCAAGUUAUUUAGAUAUUAGUCUGGGAAAUAUUGUUACUUUGGUUACUAAAGAUGUACAGACGUUUGAGUCCUCAAUUUGGCUCCCGAAUGAGAUGUGUGUUGCUUUUAUACAAACUAUCAUGGUGUGCUUUCUAAUCUAUCUUAAAAUGGGGGUGACUUCAUUAAUAGGACUGGGGGUGUUUUUUGUUGGAUUGCCUCUACAAAUUUAUUGUGGUAAAGUUGUGGGUAGAAUGAGGCUAAAGGUAAACAAAAAUACCGAUACAAGAUUACAAACAACCCAAGAAGUUCUUUCCGCUAUAAAAACUAUAAAAUUGUAUGUUUGGGAGAAGUUUUUUGAAGCCAAGAUUUCAAAAGCAAGAAAGAAAGAAGUAACCAAUAUUCUCAAAAUCUUUUACUUAAGAAACUUUAUAAUAAUGACGGGUGUAAUAACUUCAAGAUUAGGUUUUUAUACCUUAAUCAUGGUAUAUAUUUAUAUGGGUAACAUAGCCAGCCCUGAGUUGAUUUUCUACGUUUUUAGGCAAUUCCUUACAAUAAGCCAUUCAGUCGGUGUUGAUAUACCUGCAGGUCUGACUCAAUAUGCUGAGUUUAGAGCAGCUCUAUUGAGGAUAAACAGAAUUUUAGUAGCGGAAGAAUUAAAAGAAACUACUGAUCAGGAUGAAAUUGGCAACAUUGAAAACCCCAAAAUCGAUCUCAGACACGUUUCCGUCCAUAUUAAAGAUUGCGAAGCAAUAAAAAAUGUAACACUCACCAUUGAACCAGGUUUAACUGUCAUCACAGGCAGUUUGGGGUGUGGAAAAAGUUCACUGCUUAAAACCAUAUUACAAGAUUACCCAAAAACUAAAGGAGAUGUCACCGUAAACGGAAGAAUUUCUUAUGCUCCCCAAGAUCCUUGGUUAUUUCCUGCUACCAUUAAACAAAAUAUUCUAUUUGGACAAGAUUAUGAUAUGGAAAGAUACAAUGAAGUUGUCAAGGUGUGUGCUCUAGAGUUAGACUUUGCUCUAUUAGAACAAAGAGAUGAAACAAUUGUAGCAGACAGAGGCUUAAAUUUAAGUAAAGGUCAGCAAGCCAGAAUAAAUUUAGCUAGGGCCGUCUAUAAAGACAGUGAAAUUUAUCUUCUUGACGACAGCCUAACAGCAUUGGAUCCCCAUGUACAAAAGUACAUAUUUAGGCAAUGUAUUCAAGGUUACUUGAAGAAAAAGGAAUGCAUUUGUGUGUUGGUGACGCACAAUCCCAAACAUAUAGAAGCAUCGAAUAAAUUGAUUGUUCUUCAAAAUGGAUCUAUUAAAUUAUGCGGAGAAAGCAAGGAUGUAAUAAAAGAAGAAAUACUCAAAACCAUAGAGAAAUCCUUUGAAACUCCUCAAGCAGUAGAACCACUGAUUGAGAAACCUAUAACUGAAAAAACCAAGUUGUUAGAAGUUAAUGGACCCUUUAAGAAAAAUGUUUUCUACGAGAAAAAAAAGCAGGGCGGAAUCAAUUUGCAAGUUUACAACAAAUACACACAAUUUGGUGGUGGUAUGUUGAUAUUUAUUGGUAUUUUGUGUAUCUUUACUGGAUCCCAAUUUAUUGAGAGUUAUGCCUCCAAAAUGCUUAGUAAAUGGGUUGAUUUGCAACAGAACAUGAUCACAUUUAGGAUAACCAAUACCACAAAUAGCACAGCUUACCUAAAAACUAAAGAGAUAAAUGAUUGGACUCUAAACGUUUAUUCCAUAAGCAUAAUUUCAUCAACAGGGUUGCAAAUUACGAAGUUUUUCAUCUUUCUACUUUUUGCCACCAGGGCAUCGUUCAGAAUACACAAAAAAAUGAUAUCCAGCAUUGUUGGAUCCACAAUGUCUUUCUUUGACUCCUAUUUCAUCGGAAACAUAUUGAACAGAUUCUCGCAGGAUAUGAAUGUAGUCGAUGAAGAUAUGCCAUAUGUUUUCGCACAUUUCAUAAGGAUUUUGUUUAAAAUCGCCGGUCAUGUCUAUAUAAUAACUUCAGUAAGCUUGAAGUUUGCUAUUAUGGAAACAGUUUUAUUUGUCAUAAUGGUUACUUUAAGAUUUAUUUAUAUUCCAGCAGGAAGAAGUCUAAGAAGAUUAGAAGCCGCAAGCCGCAGUCCAAUGAUUGGUCACUUAAAUUCAUCUCUGGAGGGUAUAACGACCAUUAGAGCUUACAAAGCCCAACAUAUACUGAAAGUUGAAUUCGAUAGGCAUCAAGAUAUGUACACAUCUGCACACUAUGUAUCAUUUUGCAUGAAAAAAGGUUUCGCCUUUGCUACGGAGGCGUUUGCAAAAAUGUUCUACAUCUUUGUCAUUGCAAAAUUUUUGUAUUUUGAUAACGAUACAUCCGCUGGAAACGUCGGCCUUGGAAUUACAGAGUGUAUGACUCUAUCAUUUUCAGUGCAAAUUGCUUUGGCAUAUUGGUCUGAGCUGGAAAAUAUGAUGACCUCAGUCGAAAGACUUCUAGAGUAUACAGACCUACCCAAAGAAUAUAAAGUUGGACAAAUCAUUGCAAAUUGGCCUACUGAUGCUUCCAUUAGUUUCGAAAAAGUAUCACUUACCUACCCCAAUGCCAAUAAGGCGGUGUUAAGAAAUAUCAACUUUAGUUUAGCGCCUAGAUCUAAAGUUGGUAUUGUUGGUCGUACUGGUGCUGGUAAAUCCACCAUAAUCGCUACCUUAUUCAGACUUUACAACUUCGAAGGCAAAAUUAUUAUUGAUGGUGUCGAUACCAAGACUUUAUCACUCGACUUCCUUAGAGAUCAUAUAUCUAUCAUUUCUCAGGAUCCCGUACUGUUUUCCGGAACUAUUAGAGAAAAUAUGGAUCCAAAAAAUAGAUACAGCGAUGAGGAAAUUUGGAAAGCUUUGGAAAGUGUUUAUAUGAGGGAUGCCAUAACUGAUUUGGCAUUGAGGGUUAACGAAAAUGAUUCCAGUUUUAGUACAGGUCAAAGACAGUUAAUCUGCAUUGCACGAGCCAUACUAAGGAAAAACAAAAUCGUGGUUUUGGAUGAAGCCACUGCCAAUAUGGACCCAGAAACGGAAAACUUGAUACAAAAUACGAUAGAGCAGAAUUUCAACUACUGCGCCGUUUUCAUCAUCGCUCACAGACUGCAGUCUGUGAUGAAUUGUGAUAGAGUCAUUGUAUUGGAUAGAGGGGAGAUAAUCGAAUUCGACGACCCCACCAUUCUGCUUAAAAAGAAAGAGGGUCAAUUUUACAACAUGGUCAAGGAAAUCGGCUUGCUGGAUUCUUUGGAAUAACUACGUCACAAUGCACGGUGCUGUUCUGAGAGGUGAUUUUUGGACUUUCUGUGAAACCUAUUUUUUUUUAUAUUCUUGUUAAUUAGGUCAUAACUAAAAUUUUAAGAGCAAAAUAAAAAAAAUUUGACGGUUUGAAUUGUUUUAAUUGGCUGUUUAUUAAAAAUAUUAUGCAAUCUUUCAAUUAUCCAAUUAA